CAUCAUCAUUAGCAAAUAUUACCCUAAACACUUGCUCUUUACCUCCCUUCUCCCUCCAGGCAUUGGAGAGGCCGCCUGUCAAUCACACGGCACCCCUGCACGGCUCAGCAGCAGUGCAACAGCGACAAGAAGACGAGCCGAGGGAAGGGAAAGCACGGAGAGAUGGAGGAGGAGAUGCAGCCAGCAGAGGAGGGGCCCUGCAUCCCUAAAAUCUACAAGCAGAGGAGCCCCUAUAGCGUCCUCAAAACCUUUUCCAACAAGAGGUCCAUGGGCAGGAGGUACGAGAGACCCACCAUGGUGGAGAUUCCACAUCUGGGGGCACCUGCAGGGCAGCUGCACGCACACUUUCAGCACCAUCCAGCCUCCAUCAGCAACAGCGAGCAGCAGCAGCAGCAGCAGCAUCAUUACCAGCAGGCUCACAGCUCCUAUCAGAACGGGCCCAUCAGAGCUGCCACAUCCACCUCCUCCCUGUGCCAGCAGAGGGGAGGUGCCCCAACUGGGCAUCUGGGCUCCUCCAACAGGUCCUGCCAGCAGUCCACCAGCGAGAGCACCCUGGAACUCAGUGGAGAAAGCCGGAUGAUUCUGGAUGCCUUUGCCCAGCAAUGUAGCCGAGUGUUAAAUCUGUUGAACUGUGGGGGGAAGCUUUUGGACUCCAAGCAUUCCCCAGCCCUGGUGUCUUGUGUGAAACAGGAAAAUAACAGUUACAGUGAAAGGUCAGAGCAGUGCCAGCUUAGUAAAGCCUUCCACAGCCAACCAUCAGACAAAGCAGAUGUAGAAAUGCAGUACAUUCACAAAAAGCAACAGACCUCUGCAUUCCUGAGGGUGUUCACUGAUUCCCUUCAGAACUAUCUACUGGCCAGCAGUUUCCCAGUUCGGAAUAUCUCUUCCUCCAGCGAUUAUGGUCAUGUGACCGACAUGGAUGUUCUUUCAUCGUCUCCAGUGCACACGUUGGGUGGGUGGGCAUCACCAGCAACUUCUGAAUCACAUGGCCACCCAUCAUCUUCCACUCUUCCGGAAGAGGAGGAGGAUGAGGAAGAGGAAGGCUACUGUCCUAGGUGCCAGGAACUGGAACAAGAGGUCAUCUGUCUACAGCAGGAGAACGAGGAAUUAAGGCGGAAGUUAGAAAGUAUACCAGUGCCCUGCCAGACAGUGUUAGACUAUUUAAAGACUGUACUUCAACAUCACAACCAACUGAUCAUACCACAGCCCACAGAGCAGCCCACAGAGGGCAGCAAACAGCUUCUGAACAACUACCCGGUAUACAUCACUAGUAAACAAUGGGAUGAGGCCGUGAACUCCUCCAAGAAAGAUGGAAGGCGGCUCCUGCGAUACCUCAUCCGAUUUGUGUUCUCAACAGAUGAGCUUAAAUAUUCAUGUGGCCUUGGGAAAAGGAAAAGGUCAGUGCAGUCAGGAGACACUGGUCCUGAAAGACGUCCUCUGGAUCCUGUUAAAGUAACGUGUCUCAGAGAGUUUAUUAGGAUGCAUUGCACAUCAAAUCCUGACUGGUGGAUGCCAUCAGAGGAACAGAUCAACAAGGUGUUCAGUGACGCUGUAGGACAUGCACGCCAAGGACGUGCAGUAGGAACGUUCUUCCAUAAUGGAAUCUCCUAUUAUGACAGCAUUGACCACCAAGUAUGUCACGAAGAGCUUUUCAACAGAGUCUCCCAUGACGGUUCUGGUGAUUGAUGAAAAGGAAAGACUAUGGAAGAAUAUAAAGCUCUAAAUAAAAAUCUUGAAAGAAAACAUUAGCCACAAAGUGAAAACUUAGUGUAAUAGUUGGGUUAAUGUGUCUUCUGUGUUAUGUUGCUGUGCAUGGUGCCUGGGACUCCAAAGGGCCCUACCAGCAGUAAAAGUCUGCCACUUAACCAGUCCAAAGUAUACUACAAGUCUGUAAAGUGUGUGCGUACUGUAUGUGUUUAAGAGUUCUGUUAUCCUGGUAAUGCUUCAGGGGCUUCCUGUGGACCCUGUGAUGUGACUGUUACUCUGUCUGGAUAGAACACAACACAGCCAAAACAAGGACACAAGUCUCACUGGGCAAGAAUGUGUUGGUGUGUUGUGUAGGAUUAGCUUUAAUAGAAUUUGCAUUUUCACAACUGAGUUCAAUUAUGCAAAACAGCAAAUUGUUAUAUCCCGUGUUCAUAAAAUGUUGUCACCACAAUCUUGACACUGCAAAUUUCUGUUGCCUUUUUCUGUGAAUUAUUUCUAACCACGAAUGGCUGUUUAUUUAUUUCUCCGUUCCUGUCUUUUGGGUAUUGUACUGAGGAAUAACUGUACCUUCUUAAUUUCAUAUUUUAAGGCAGGGCAGUAAAAUAAUCAAAUUUGUAUAUACAAUUCAUAAUCUGUCUUGCUUCAUUAUGUCUG